CGGCCUCCUUUUGAUCACUGAGCUACGCCUCAGAGUCAGGCUUUAGGUACCUUCCAUUACCACUUCUCAUUCAACUCCUAGGGCCAUUCGUAAUAUCCCCCCUCCCCCCCAUAAAGGAAUCUUGACCAUUCUUCACGCAUUGUUCAGGGGAUUCUAAUAACGAUCCUUAAAUAUAAUUGUACCCUGUCCGCGAUUGAACUUCCUAGGAAAACUACACGACGACAUCAACUCAUUUAAUACUACUUGAUAUCCUCCCCUCUUCUAUACAAACCUACCAAUGAAUAGAGAUCAACUAGGUGCAGUAUUAGCCCCGUUGAAACACGCAUCGGGCUCUAUAACUAUUCCUUCUAAAUAAAAUCGCCUCCUACCUCCUCUGAGGCCACCAACCAGUUUAAUGCACGUCUCUUACCAAUUUAUGGAAUCACGCAAAGAUCGCAACGGAUCUCAUACAGAAAAUUCAACGGUUAUACCUCCGUCCACACAGUCAUGUUCGAAAGAUGACAUAUUCAUGCUCCAAGCUCAAUAUCGAGCUGCAAGGGCUCUUAUGCGCUUGAAAUAUGCGAAGCCUGAGGAAAGCGCCCAUACGGAAACUCCUCGCCUGGAAAGCGAAGCCAGUAUCAACCCAGCUGUGAAUGGCAACAGCCACUCCGAGCCAUCGCUUUCCUCCACGCUGUGGCAGAAGGGAAGCCACGGCCCCCACAGAGACUUUGGCCUUGUCCCUAUUACCCAUCAGCAAGGCUCGCAGGGUUCGCAACUGGCUCAAAGGGGGGAAUGCACAGCAAGCUUGGACUUUGGAGCCUCGAUAGUUACAAUGAGCCGACACACUGGCCGAGAAGAGUUGCUAAAGCCCGGACGAAGGAACAGGAGUGACGGAAGGUCCUCGGUAGACAAGCUGAUGGAUGAAGUCGAGGCUGUGGUCGGAGGCCAGCCAGCUGACGACGCUCCGAAGGAGGAAUGGGAUCGCUACCUUGGCUCUUACAUAAAAGAACUGGACCGGAGAACGGAAUCAGGUGCAUGGCAUCAACUUGAAAAGGCUCAGCAAUUUGUCCGGAGAAUGGGGCAAGCACCUUUCAGGCGCGUGAACUACAGUAGCGACGAGGAAGACCUGCCUAAAGCCAGCGAAUCAAUGAUACCAGCCCGACAGAAAGACCAUACCGAAGGAACCCAGGGCAAUAGUAAUGAGAUCACACCUACGCAUGGCAAGUCUCGGAAUAAACGUCGCGGUGGACCGGGCGCUAAGAAGAACGAGGUGCAGACAGCUUCCGUGGAUAAGCAAGCAGCAGCAGCAGCAGUAGCAGUUCUAGAGUUAGAAAACGCGAAACGGUCGACGGGUAGAAGUGGAGUGAAGUCAUCAAUACCUGAUAUACCACCACCACCACCAAGCCUGUCGGCGGAGCAGAACAAUUCACAACGUAAGAAAAGACGCCGAACAGGGCUGGAAUCCUUGGAGUCGAACUUGGGUAAGAACUGGGAACCCCAUGUUGACGAACGAGGCCAUAGGCCAAGCCGAGAGAGAACUAAAAGUAAUACUAAAGCCUUGAGCCUUGAGUAAGAUUCGAGGUAGCCACGGAGAUUAUAGCAGAUUGAAUAGUAUAUUGCAUUUGGCACGUGGCAAAGGCCAUCUCAGUCUAUUCAGUCAAGUCAUCGCCCUAUUAAUUGGAUGUUAUUGAUAUGUAUAUAGUACCUAUGUAGGUAGUUCAUGUCAAUGCUUAUGUCCUUCGAAUUCUAGAGUACCUACUAGGUAACAUGCAACAUAUAAUCUAUCCUAAAAAAAAAGAUAAAAAAAAGCCGUUGUUACCUCUCAUGUAAUGCCGAGGUCAUAGCUACCUCCAUAGGCAUUAUACUUAGGUACCUAAUACUUUACGUACGCACCUUAGCGUUUUAAUGUCAUA